GUGAAGAGAGAGGGAAGGCACUGUCCCAAGAGUCAACACAUCCCUCAGGCAGUAAGGAAGUACAGAACUCCACAGGGGUCAGCUUGAGGCUGGGUUCCUGCCCAUACCAAUGUGUUCCUGCACAAGAAAUCCUUGGACUUCUCCUCCUACUACAAGGUAGCAGCCUCCAUAACUUAGUGGGAAUGUCAGAAACGAGGAAAUUAAAUGGCAGCAUAGAUGGAGACCAAACCACAAUGUGUGCCAUUGAGAAGAAUGUUUUGCUUUGAGGUGCACCUGCAGCCCCAAGCCAUGUCCUGCUACAGCCCGUGCCGGCCCUGCCAGCCCUGCGGCCCCACCCCGCUGGCCAACAGCUGCAAUGAGCCCUGUGUCAGGCAGUGCCAGGACUCCACUGUGGCCAUCCAGCCCUCGCCUGUCGUGGUGACCCUGCCCGGCCCCAUCCUCAGCUCCUUCCCACAGAACACCGCCGUGGGAUCCUCCACCUCUGCUGCUGUUGGCAACAUCCUCAGCACUCAGGGAGUGCCCAUCAGCUCUGGGGGCUUUGGCCUCUCGGGCUUGGGCAGUGGCCUCUGUGGCAUCAGGGGCCUCCCCUGCUAAAGCUGCUGGCCGUGGCCCUGGGGAGGGAACCCAGGCACUGCCAGCAUGGAACCGCCCUGGGGACGCAGCAGCGGCUUGUUGCUUCCUGAGGGGCUGAGCAAGCCCAGCAGCCCUUGCAGAAGGACAGGGCCAGCCUGGGCUCUUGGCAAGCACAGCCCAGCCCUGCCUCUGCCCUCUGCCACUCUUCAUUUCCCUCCUGUGUCCUUGUUCCCUUGUGCUCCCCUGGGCUGUGAGCCCCACACAGCCGUCCUGGGGAGGACCUGCUGGCCCUCUCUGGAUCUGGCAGAUGAUCCCUGCUGGAAUCUCUGCCACAGCCAUGGGAUGGGGAUUCUAAGCUGACCCUGGUGCUCUCUGCACUGAGGCCUCCACUCAAUAGAGACCUUGUUUUCAUCUUUUGACUCAUUAAA